CGCAAAUUUACCAAUUUUACCCAGUCUAUUUCAGCAUAUCUUCAUGCAAAUGGUCCUGCCCUGCGCGGAAGUCGUCUCAACCCCACAAUGGCAAGCGCAUCUCCUGACUGCGCCAGUCUAUUCCGGUGCACACAGCCUAGAGUGCCACGCGCAUAGGGAGUUGGGGCUGGAAUUGACUGGUCGGUGGCUGGGGAGGAUCUCCGAAUCGGCGUCUUGCGAUCUCCAACUCAGCUCUGCGAGCUUUUUGGACCUGAUACCUAAGACUCAUGGGUCAAAGAAGAAGCAAGUAGUGCUCUGGGAUUGCUGUCAAUGCGGCAAUACAAGUAUGUCUAUUCGCGUGGACUCUUGCAGUUAUUGUCACGAACCCAGGUGUCCGUACUGUCCCGUGUCGAAGGUAAAAGUGAAGGGGCGUGAUGGUACCUCACUCCAGUUGGAUUCGGCAUCGGCACUGGGUUUCGACAGAUGCGAAGAAGAUGGUGUGAAGGGCCGCGUGGCAAGCGAGAUUGGUUGUCAAACGCUUUUCCGUCGUUAGCCCUACUGGAAGAGCAGAUGUUGCCUCACACCAUGAUUGGAUGCGAAACGUUAAUGGUGUCAAGGCGAUAGGGAAAAGAACUAUUCUGCUCAUACGUUGAGAUACGAGAAUCGUUGGGCACUCACUAGCACCUUCAAAAAUCCAGUCAUGUUAACCUCUAUUGGCCGGUAUAAGUGUCGCCCGAGGCCGUACUUUUUACCCAACCUGCUGCAACUCAAGUGUCUCAGGAUUCCA